AUGGAAGCUGCUCAGUCCAGACACCUGUUUCUCCUGUUUCUCCUCACGUGUGGGCUGGCCCUAGACAUUGCUGCAGAAAUUGAGGGAUCCUCAGAUGGUCCUGAUGCUGCCCGGGAACCCGUGAGGCUCACAGAUGUCCCAGCUGCCAUGGAAUUCAUCACUGCUGUGGAGGUGGCCGUCAUAGGCUUCUUCCAGGAUUUAGAAAUACCAGCAGUGUCUGUAUUUCACAGGGUGGUGAAAAAAUUCCAUGACGUGUCAUUUGGAAUCAGCACUGAUUCUGAGGUUCUGGCCCACUUCAACAUCACCGGGAACACCAUCUCUCUCUUUCGCCUGGUGGAUAAAGAACAACUGGAUUUAGAAGGUGAAACCAUUGAAAGCAUUGAUGACACCAAAUUAAGCCGUUUCAUUGAGAUCAACAGCCUCCAGUUGGUGACAGAGUACAACCCCGUGACUGUGAUUGGCUUGUUUAACAGCAAGAUUCAGAUUCAUCUUCUCCUAAUGAUGAAUAAGGCGUCCCCAGAGUAUGAAGAGAGCAUGCACAGAUAUCAGAAGGCAGCUAGGCUCUUCCAGGGGAAGAUUCUCUUUAUUCUGGUGGACAGUCAUGUAAAGGCAAAUGAGAAGGUAAUAUCAUUUUUCAAACUAAAAAUGUCUCAGCUGCCAGCUUUGGCUAUUUACCAGACUCUAGACGAGGAGUGGGAUACGCUGCCCAUAGAGGAAGUUUCUGUAGAGCAUGUGCAAAGCUUUUGUGAUGGAUUCCUAAAAGGAAAGUUGUUGAGAGAAAAUCAUGAAUCAGAAGAAAAGACUCCAAAGGUGGAACUCUGA